AUUCUUCAGGAUUUCUUUACAAGUUCCGAAGGAAGCAACUAUAGCUCGUUUUUAAUUUUUCGGUCCACUUAAUCAGAAUUUAUUUUCUACAACAAUAUAUAGAAAUAUAUCAAAAUUAAUUAUUUACAAGAAAGAAAGAAAUUUAUGUGAAAAUUAGUGAAGAAACAUAAAGUUUAUGCAAGAAAUUUUUUAAAUCUACAAAAACGGAAAAUUUUGUCGGUUUUAUUUAUUUAUUUAUUUUUUUUUUUUUAAGGAAAAUUUUGAAAGGACUCUUGAGAAAAAUAGUGAUUUGAAUGGACCCCUCUUUGUGGACAAGUAGGCGUUAUCGUUAUUUUACAUUAUAACGCCUCAAACCCCCAAAUAUAUUUUCCCCCUUUUAAUUAUAUAUCACGAAAAUUAAUAAAAAAAUGUUGGAACAAGUUAAUUUGGAUUUUUUGGAUAGUGAAAUUGAAGAUCCAGAAAAGGAGCGUACUCUUCGAGCUCAAAUUCAUAAGAAGAGCGAUGGAACUGAUUAUAUUUUGAAUAAAAAUCGAUAUCGCAGUCCCGUUUAUGAAGAAGCAUUCAGACGGUCAAUAGAAAAUCCUGAAGAAUUUUGGGCCGAAGUUGGAAAAUGUAUAGACUGGUUUAAACCGUGGGAUAAAGUUUUAGAUAAUAGCAAUGAACCCUUCACAAAAUGGUAUGUGGGAGGUGAAACAAACGCCUGUUAUAAUGCAUUGGAUCGUCACGUGAAAGCCGGACUGGGGGAAAAAACUGCUUUAAUUCAUGACAGUCCUUUAACGUCGUCAAUUCGAAAAGUCAAUUACAAUGAGCUUCUCGAAAAAACGUCCCUUUUGGCCGGUGCCCUUUCUGAAAUGGGAGUAAAAAAGGGUGACUGCGUUCUCAUUUAUAUGCCACUUAUUCCCGAAACAGUUAUUGCUAUUCUAGCAACAGCACGACUUGGUGCCAUUCAUUCAGUUGUUUUUGGUGGUUUUGCUGCUAAGGAAUUGGCAACUAGAAUAGAUCAUGCCAAACCAAAAGUUAUAAUUGCUGCCAGUUGUGGUUUAGAACCGACGAAAAUUAUCAAGUACACCGACAUGUUGAAUGAGGCAUUGGAUAUUAUUGUUUCGGCCAAACCAAAGUGCAUUGUCUAUCAAAGGAGACACGUUUGGGAAGCUCCACUUUUUGAAAAUCAAUUUGACUGGGACGAAUUAUUGAGGAGAGCGAAACCACAUCCUUGUGUGCCUGUCGAAGCCAAUCAGCCUUUAUAUAUUCUCUACACAUCGGGAACAACAGAUCAACCGAAAGGAAUUCAGAGACCAAUUGGAGGACACAUUGCGACCCUUUGUUGGUCAAUGAAGACAGUUUAUGGAAUGGAUAAAGAUUCGACGUGGUGGGCUGCAUCAGACAUGGGAUGGGUUGUUGGACAUUCCUACAUUUGUUAUGGUCCAUUAAUUAGUGGCGUAACAAGUGUCAUGUAUGAAGGAAAACCCGAUAGGACACCGGAUGCUGGACAAUAUUUCAGAAUUAUAGAUCAACACAAAGUAAAUGCCCUAUUCACUGUGCCAACUGCUUUUCGAAUUAUUCGACGUGCAGACCCCGAGAUAUUAUUGGGUAAACGAUACUCAACAAAGUCAUUAAAAGCAAUUUUUGUAGCAGGCGAGCACUGUGAUUAUGAAACAAAAGCGUGGGCGGAAAAAACAUUUAAAGUGCCAAUUCUAAAUCAUUGGUGGCAAACGGAAACUGGUCACCCUAUAACGUGCACUUGUUUAGGUUUGGGUCACACCACAAAUCCACCAAAGUAUAGCACUGGAUUGCCAGUUCCUGGUUAUAAUGUUCAAGUUUUACGAGAAGAUGGAAGUAGAGCGAGAGCCCACCAACUUGGUAGAAUUGUCAUAAAAUUACCUUUACCACCAGGAGUUAUGUCAACUCUUCAUCUGGCACCCGAGAAAUUUAAAGAAAUUUAUUUCUCAAAAUAUCCGGGUUAUUACGAUACCAUGGACGCUGGAUACAUUGAUGAAUUUGGAUACGUCUACGUAACGGCAAGAGAUGACGAUGUGAUAAACGUUGCUGGACAUCGAUUAUCUACAUCCGCUUUAGAAGAUGUUAUCCUUCGUCAUCCUAAUGUUGUCGAGGCGGCAGUAAUCGGCGUCCCGGAACAUAUGAAAGGAGAAAUUCCCCUGUGUCUAUACGUUAUGAAAGAUGAUUCUCAAAAAAAUGAAGAGGAGAUCAAUCAAGAAUUAGUUGCAUCCGUUCGUCGUCUCAUAGGACCAAUCGCCGCAUUUAAAGUUGUAGCCGCUGUUAAAGCUUUGCCCACUACACGAUCAGGAAAAAUUUGCCGAAGAUCGAUGGCCAAUUUAGCUCGUUCGAAAAUUGUUAAGAUUCCAAGUACAAUUGAAGAUCCAACUGUUUACAGAGAGAUAAAACAAGUUUUGCAGAAACUAGGCUACGCUAAACAAGCACUUGAUCCCCAAUGAAUUUAAAUUAUUGUAAUUCAUUGUAGUUUGUUAUUGUUUUUUUUUUAAAUAUUUAUUAAUGAAAAAUGUAACGUCUAAAGAAAUUCUAUUUUUUAAAUCGCAGAGUCCUGAUAAAUUGAAAACUAAAUAUUAUAAAAUAUAAAUGUAUAAAUACGGUGUAAUUAGAAAAAAAUAAUACUGAACAUUUUUUAAAAAUUGUUAAAAUUGUCAACUAACAAUUUUUUUUUUAGUUUUCAGUUUUAGGGAGAGAAAAUUUGGUGAAAGGAAAAAAAUUCCAAGUUCAAGAGCUGAAAAACUCAAAUAAUAUGAUUAUAAUAAUUCCUAUUUUAUUAUAAUGACAUAUCAUUGUUGCAGUAAAUUUUAUUAUAAUGACCAUUAAAAUAGGAUUUACGAAAAGUUAAUAAUUAAUAAAUAAAAUAUUUUUCUGAAUUA